AUGGCCGCCAACUCAAAAACCAUGAAAGCCAUCCUCAUCUCUGCCUUCGGCCCUCCCGAGAACCUCAUCAUCAAGGACGAUAUCCCGAUCCCCGAGCCCACCGCCCCGGGUACCAUCCGCAUCCGAAUCCGCGCCUUCGGCAUCAACCACGCCGAGAUGCACAUGCGCCGCGGCGAGUGGGCCGAGUCCGUCCCCAUCAGCGGCAUCGAGUGCGUCGGCACCGUCGACGCCUGGGGCCCGCCCUCCCCGGCAAACACAGACACAGACACAUCCCUACCCACCCUCUUCCCCAUCGGCCUCCCCGUCGCAGCCGUCAUGGGAGGUCUCGGCCGCACCAUCCCCGGCAGCUACGCGCAGUACACGGUGGUCCGGCAGGAAAACGUCGUCCCGCUGGUCUCGCCUGCAGCGUUCACCGCGAGCUCUACCAGUUCAUCAUCGCCUAACAAUAACAUCCCACCGCCUCUCCCCUGGGCCGAACUCGCCGCCCUGCCUGAGUCCUACAGCACAGCAUGGACCUGUCUGUUCCGUAACCUGGCGCUGGAGCGCGGCCACAGACUUCUCAUCCGUGGCGCCACGUCGGCGUUUGGUCGCGCCGCUGUUAACCUGGCUGUUGCCGCGGGGGCUAUCGUGACGGGCACGACGCGGAGUGAAGGGAAGUUCGCGGCGCUCCGGGCGCUGGGCGUGGCGGAGGUGUUGCUGGAAGCGCCUGGGUUGCCGGAAAGGUUGCUGGGGGAGGGGAACGAUGAGAAGGUGACCGAAAAGAAAUUUGACCGGGUGUUGGAGCUCGUGGGCAACAGCACGAUUGUCGAGUCGUUGAAGCUGGUGAAGCGAGACGGUCGGGUGUGUUUGGCCGGGUGGUUGGGCGGGCUGGAGCCGAUUGCCGAGUUCAACCCGCUGCUGCAGAUGGCCAGCGGCGUGCACUUUAACUUCUUUGGAAGCUUUGUGUUUGGGACGCCUGAGUUCCCGCUGUCGGAUGUGCCGCUGGGUGAAGUGGUGCAGGCCGUGGCAGAGGGCAAGUUUGACGCGAAACCGUUCAAGGUGUUUGCGUUUGAUGAGAUCCGAGAGGCACAUCGGUAUAUGGAGGAGGGCCGGGCUGGUGGGAAGAUGGUGGUUGUCGUUGACUAG